AUGCUAUACAUUGUCUCCCCGUACUAUAACUACAAAACAUCCCUGAGAGUCGUUGCGGUGCUGUUACAUAUUGACUUCGAAUACAAGGUGAUCGAAUGGAAACUCACGACGCCGACGUUCAACCUUCUCCAGCUCGUGGGUGAAACCAACUACUACCCUGCAUCGCUGUUCUCGCAGAAUGUGACGAGCGCGGCAACGCUCGCCAGCGGCUCCAACAAAGUCUGUUUCUACGGCGAAAUAUACAGUGACAAUUCCCAGACCACGUACGAUAUGGGGGUCUGGAUAUUUUCCCUCGCAAGGAACAAACAAGGUGGCGUACAUGCGGAACAUGUUGUCCGUGAGGGCUGCAAAGUUAUCUUCUCGGCGGUCCAGGAUAUGGAGGUAAGGUUGGCUAUCGAGCGUUGUUGCCCGUACCCCAACAUUUCGCCGGACUCGAUUCCUGCGCAGACCACCAGUCAGAUAUCGAUAACUGACUACUACGACGCCGUCAUUGGCCUGAUCAGCGAGCAAUAA